AUGGGGAUCAACUUCCCUAGUUUGAUGUUACCUCUGUCCGUAGAUCCUUGUAAUCUUGAUAACUACAAAGAACUGAACCAAGGAGAUCGGUCAGAGAAAUAUAGAGAUGCAAGUGACAGGUGUGAUGGCGAUGACCUUAGGGAAGAAUGGCAUUAUUGGUACGUGGUGUCAGGAAACGCAGGCAACGCCCUUGCCACAAAUAACGCCCCUGCUAAGGGAAGUUGCGGUACCACUGAUCGUCUGUACUUGAAAGGUCAACAUCCGCUUUUUGGUGAAGGUGAAGUUACCAGGAAGUUGUGUAUAGCUAAAGGAAACAAAGCAUGUGAGCAAGAACAAUCUAUUCAAAUAAUAAACUGUGGUGCGUUUUACAUGUACAAGCUCUAUAACAAUGGAGAAUGUUCCCCUCCCUGGCGCUACUGCACAAAUGGUGUCGAGAAUGUUUCUUGUAACGAUUUCAAUUGUCCUUUGGGCCUUAUAUGUACUCUGCAAAACAACGGUGAAAAUCGUCACUGUCUAGAUCCUAAUCAAGUGCCAGAAACAACUAUUGUACAAACGCAACAUGAAACAACAGCCACACCGAAAACAGCAAACCCAACCUCAGAUACAACAACAACACAACUGACAACAGACACUACCAAAACAAAGCCAACAUCAGAUACGAUAAAAGCACAACCAACAACGAAAACAAGCACAGAGAAGCUAACAGAUAAAACAACAGCAAAACUAAAAACAGACACUACCACAGUAAAGCCAACAUCUGUAACAAUAACAGUACAUCUUAUGACAGACACCUGCACAGCAAAGCCAAUAUCACAUACAAUAACAGCACAACCAACAGCGAAAACAAGCACAGCAAAGCUAAUAGAUACAACAACAGCAAAACUAAGAACAGAUACUACCACAGCAAAGCCAACAUCAGAUACAACAACAGCACAACAAACAACGGACAUAACAACACAAGUAACAAGAGACUCAGUAUCAAUACCUCUACAAAGUUCAUCGUCUUCGCCAAGAAGCAUCCGCACCAGCGUCAUUCAGCAAUAUCAUUCAGCUGAGUUGUCAAUCCCAACAGAAGCAAAAACUGUAAAAAGGUCAGCAUUGUCAGAAUCAUUAACUUCACGAGCAGAAAUUGCGCCAGAAACGUCAUCAUCGUUAUUUUUGUCACCAUUCUCUACGCCGUUAUUAUCAAAAACAAUAAAUACACCACUAUCAGAAUCGUCAACGUCAGACAUACAUUUAAAAUCUUCAUCAAUAGCAACAACAACAAUAACAAUGAAAAAAGCAGAUGUGGCCACAAGGACAUCAUCAACACCAAAAUUAGAACAAAACUCACCUUUAACUUGGUCAACUGAGAUAACUAAGCAAGCCGCAGUAACAUUAAAAGCAACAUCAACACCUUCCGCAAAAACAACAACAACAGCUGUAGGAGCAGUAGCAGAAACUGCAGCCUCAGGAAUUUCAAAAGAAACUGUACCACUGCAGCCAACAUCCGUGAUUUCAAAAUCUUUGACGACAGAACUUGAUGCUGCAGCAUCACUAUUACCAACAACUGAGCUAGGGACGUCAACAGAACUAGCUGUAGUAUCAGCAAUAAUUGCAUUACCAAAAGAUGAGGGGGUGCAGAUAGUGGUUGAAACACCCCGUCCAACGCUUGUAGACGAAGGGGGUGUUGUCAGUAUGGACGCAGACUUCGAACAGCACCCAAAUGACUAG